AACGAUGAAACGCACUUCAGGUCUGUUUUUGCUCCUUCUGUCGACGUGCUCGGCUCACACCUAUGAAAAUGUGGCCUUGCGUGGAAGAGCGACCCAGUCAGACCGUCUCGCGGACUUGUAUGGAUUUGCUCAUAAUGCCAUUGAUGGAAACCGUGAGUCUAACUAUGGAGCCGGAUCAUGCACCAGCACUGAGGAACAGACCAAUCCCUGGUGGAGAGUGGACCUGCUGGAGUCCUACACCGUCACCUCCGUCAUCAUCACCAACAGAGGAGACGGUUCUGCAGAGAAGCUCGAUGGGGCAGAGAUUCACAUCGGCAACUCUUUACAAGACAACGGUGCCGCAAACCCAGUGGCUGGUGUUAUUUCUCACAUCCCAGCAGGCAGAUCAUUAAAAAUGACUUUUACCAGCCUGACCCAGGGCCGUUAUGUGACUGUGGUCCUGCCUGGUUUACAAAGACUCCUCACGCUCUGUGAAGUGGAGGUCUACGGAUACCGUGCUCCAACUGGAGAGAAUUUGGCGCUCCAAGGAAAAGCCUCUCAGUCGUCGCUGUAUUCUACGGGAAUCGCAUAUUUAGCCAUUGACGGGAAUCGUGCCAGCGUCUGGGGCCAUGGUUCUUGUACCCACACAAAGGCAGACCUUAACCCCUGGUGGCGACUGGACCUGGGCAAAACCCACAAAGUCUUUUCUGUUAACAUAACCAACACUAUCGAUUCUGUCCCGCAACGACUUAAUGGAGCCGAGAUCCGCAUCGGAGAUUCUCUUGAAAACAAUGGCAACAACAAUCCCAGGUGUGCUGUGAUCUCUAGCAUCCCUGGAGGCUUCACCCACACCUUCCAGUGUAACGGGAUGGACGGUCGCUACGUUAACGUGGUCAUUCCUGGCAGGAGCGAGUACCUGACUCUGUGUGAGGUGGAGGUGUACGGCUCCAGACUGGACUAGGUCACACAGCUGUAAAUCCAUUUCACACAGGAGAGUUUCAGCUGAUGCUCUUGUGCAGACUCGUGUCAAUCAU